AUGGGAAAUACAACCACCAAGUUCCGCAAAGCUCUGAUCAAUGGAGAUGAAAACUUGGCCUGCCAAAUCUAUGAGAGCAACCCUCAACUCAAAGAAACUCUUGACCCAAAUACUUCUUACGGAGAAACUUACCAGCACAAUACUCCUCUCCACUAUGCUGCUAGGCAUGGGAUGAACCGGAUCCUGGGAACUUUCCUUUUCGUUCGAGAUGGAAACCCAAACAAACGCAACGUGCACAACGAGACAUCUAUGCACUUGCUGUGUAUGGGACCUCAGAUCAUGAUCUCAGAAGGAGCUCUUCAUCCUCGCCUGACACGACCCUCGGAAGAUGACUGCAGAAGAGCAGACUGUCUGCAAAUGAUCCUGAAGUGGAAGGGAGCAAAACUGGAUGAAGGCCAAUAUGAACGAGCAGCCAUCGAUGCUGUUGAUAACAAAAAAAAUACACCCUUGCACUAUGCUGCUGCCUCAGGGAUGAAAACCUGUGUUGAGCUUCUAGUAAAACAUGGUGGAGAUCUGUUUGCAGAAAAUGAAAAUAAAGACACCCCCUGUGACUGUGCAGAGAAACAGCACCACAAAGAGCUGGCUCUUAACCUGGAAUCUCGCAUGGUAUUUUCACGUGAUCCUGAAGCUGAAAGCAUUGAAGCUGAAUAUGCUGCUUUAGAUAAAAGAGAGCCAUACGAGGGGCUAAGACUCCAGGACCUGCGAAGGCUUAAGGAUAUGCUGAUUGUGGAAUCUGCUGACAUGCUCCAAGCUCCUCUCUUCACUGCAGAAGCUCUGCUUCGUGCACACGACUGGGACAGGGAGAAGUUACUUGAAGCCUGGAUGUCUAAUCCAGAGAACUGCUGCCAGCGUUCAGGGGUGCAGAUGCCAACUCCCCCUCCAAGCGGUUACAAUGCUUGGGAUACGCUGCCCUCUCCACGGACUCCACGCACCACUCGCUCUUCUGUAACUUCCCCUGAUGAGAUCAGCCCCUCACCAGGAGACCUUGAGACAGCUGUGUGUGACAUUUGUAUGUGUAAUAUUUCUGUGUUUGAAGACCCAGUGGAUAUGCCUUGUGGCCAUGACUUCUGCAGAGCGUGCUGGGAGGCAUUUUUGAACCUGAAAAUUCAGGAGGGUGAAGCUCACAACAUUUUUUGCCCAGCAUAUGAUUGUUUCCAGCUUGUGCCUGUAGACAUCAUAGAAAGUGUGGUUUCCAAGGAGAUGGACAAAAGAUACCUUCAGUUUGACAUUAAGGCCUUUGUUGAAAAUAAUCCUGCUAUUAAAUGGUGUCCUAUACCUGGCUGUGAAAGAGCAGUAAGGUUAACAAGACAAGGAUCCACCUCAACAGGAUCAGAUACACUCAGCUUCCCUAUGUUAAAAGCCCCUGCUGUGGACUGUGGAAAAGGACAUCUUUUUUGUUGGGAAUGUCUUGGUGAAGCACACGAGCCCUGUGACUGCCAAACAUGGAAGGACUGGCUGCAGAAGAUAACUGAAAUGAAACCAGAAGAACUUGUGGGAGUGAGUGAGGCCUACGAGGACGCUGCCAACUGCCUGUGGUUACUGACCAACUCCAAACCCUGCGCCAACUGCAAGUCUCCAAUUCAGAAGAAUGAGGGCUGCAACCACAUGCAAUGUGCAAAGUGCAAAUAUGACUUCUGCUGGAUAUGCCUAGAGGAAUGGAAGAAGCACAGCUCUUCUACUGGAGGCUAUUACAGAUGUACUCGCUAUGAGGUUAUUCAACAUGUGGAGGAACAGUCCAAGGAGAUGACAGUAGAGGCUGAAAAGAAGCAUCGAAGAUUUCAAGAGCUUGAUAGGUUUAUGCACUAUUAUACAAGAUUUAAGAACCAUGAACUUAGCUACCAGUUAGAACAGCGCCUUCUAAAAACAGCCAAAGAAAAGAUGGAGCAGUUGAGUAGAGCUCUCAGUGGAACUGAGGGGGGUUGUCCUGAUACCACCUUCAUCGAAGAUGCAGUACAAGAGCUUCUAAAAACCCGCCGCAUUCUCAAGUGUUCUUAUCCAUAUGGAUUCUUCUUGGAGCCUAAAAGCACAAAGAAAGAAAUAUUUGAACUUAUGCAGACAGACCUAGAAAUGGUCACUGAAGACCUUGCACAGAAAGUGAACAGGCCUUACCUUCGGACUCCUCGCCACAAAAUCAUCCGUGCAGCUUGUCUGGUGCAGCAGAAGAGACAAGAGUUCCUGGCCUCUGUGGCGCGUGGCGUUGCUCCUGCAGACUCACCAGAAGCACCCAGGCGCAGCUUUGCUGGUGGAACGUGGGAUUGGGAAUAUUUAGGAUUUGCAUCCCCAGAGGAAUAUGCUGAAUUUCAGUAUCGGAGGAGGCACCGCCAGCGUCGCCGCGGGGAUAUGCACAGCCUGCUGAGCAACACCCCAGAUCCUGAUGACCCCAGUGAGAGUACAAUAGACACUCAGGAAGGUGGCAGCAGCAGAAGACAUGGCACCUCCAUGGUGAGUUCAGCCUCUAUGGGUAUUCUGCACAGCUCUUCGCUUCAUGACUAUACCCCUGUCAGUCGCUCUGAGAACCAGGAUUCUCUGCAGGCUCUGAGUUCUUUGGAUGAAGAUGACCCAAACAUCCUGCUAGCUAUUCAGUUAUCCUUACAAGAAUCUGGCUUGGCCAUAGAUGAAGAAACCAGAGACUUCCUGAACAACGAGGCAUCUUUAGGAGCAAUAGGGACCUCUUUGCCUACAAGACUGGACUCUGCUCCCAUCAGUAUAGAUAACCCCAGAGGUGCUUUGAGCAGCUCUGAGCUGUUAGAACUUGGUGACAGCCUGAUGCGACUAGGUGCAGGCAGUGAUCCCUUCUCAGCUGACCGUGUUCACUCCCACCCCUGCAGCGACACAAGAAGUGGAUUAUACUCAACAUCUAGUGACGCUGACUCCAGCAGUCAGGAUCCCAACACCAGUGAAAACCUACUUGGAAAUAUUAUGGCCUGGUUUCAUGACAUGAACCCACAGAGUAUUGCUCUGAUCCCCUCCACAAGUACAGAAACAGAUGAGGAGUCACAGCAGCCCAGUACUGAAGAUGGCUCAGCAGGACAAGCCAAUGUCAUAGAGCCAGGGCUGGAGGCUCAGGAGGAGCACGCCCUGUUCGAGGACGCACUCAAAAAUGAAGGCAGAGGAACCCAGACAGAGGAAAGCGCUGCCGAAGAAAACCUCCUUCCAGGUGAAACUGUAUCACCAAGUGGUGACAGCAGCAGGGAGCGAAUGGGCAACCUGAAUGCUUCAGGAGAUACUGCGAGUCAGACUCCUCAGAUCUCAAGUGAAUGGCUUGAACAUGUUCAUCUGGUAUGA